AUGACUUCCAAACCCCGCGUUUCAAAUAUUACAUUUUCUACAGUAACCUCUGCUACUGGUUUGCCAACUAUUGCUGCCGAACCUUCUAGGCCACGUUCUAGCAGUUAUUGGAAAGCUUUACCUCCAAAUUUAGAAGAAAAUCACCACCAACAACAAUCAUCCCCUCAACAACAAUCCUCCCCCCAACAACAAUUUUCCCCCCAACAAUCACCUACAACCACAAAUCCCUUCAUUAUUUCCCCAACCUCAACUUCCUCUUUUUGUCGUCACAAACAAUUAAUUUCUUCUUCAGAUGUCCCCAAAUUAAAAGAAAUUAAAGAAAAUAAUCAAAAACAGUCCUCCUCUUCUUCUUCUUCUUCCUCCUUUUCUUCUUCAGAAAUUAAUCAAACAAAAGUGGCUGAAAAGCCUUUUUUAUUUAAAUCAACGUCUGCAGACAAUAAUAAUAGAGGAGGAAUUGAAAUGACUGGUCAACCAAAAGAUGUUAGCCCCUCUACAUCCGGCACUACACAAAAAUUAUCUAAUUCUAGCAGUCCAACUACAACAACCAAAAAACAACCAAAAAAGGCAUCUAAAACUUCAAACGAAUCUUUAGAAAAACUUUCAAAAGAUUCUGAAUGUCAAAAGCAGCCAAUCUCUUCGAGAAAAUUAAAAGAAAAAAAUGAGCAAGAAGAAGGACAGAAAAUAUUCAAAACUUCAGACGGAACAAUUUACGAACUUAACGAACUUGAAUCUAAAUGUUCAGUAUUAGGUCAACAAUUACAAGAAUGGAGUUUUCCUAUUUUUAAUUUUGCUGAUAAAUAUAAAAAUACUGUUCUCUCUAGGUUAACCUUUGCAAUAUUUAAAGAAGCUGAUUUAUUCAAAACAUUCAAGAUCUCUUAUUCUAAAUUCUUCAAUUUUUUCCAUGCUUUAGAAUCUGGUUAUUGGGAUAUUCCCUAUCACAACCAAAUUCACGCUGCUGAUGUUUUACAUGGCUGUUUUUAUUUAACUUGCCAUUCAGUACAUGCAUUUUAUGAUUACCACCAAUCAUUAGAAGAGGUUGACGAUGAAGGGGAGGAAAUUGAAGAAAUAUCUAAAUAUUCAAAUAAUUGGGAGGAAAUAUCUAAAAGACACCAACAACAACAACAACAACAAUCAUUUAAUAAUAACAAUUCUGUUGAAUCAACAGCCAUUCCUUUAUCACAAAGCAUGAGUGCCUUGGAAUUAAUGGCCCUUUACUCAGCUGCGGCGAUGCACGAUUAUGACCAUCCAGGUAGAACUAAUGCUUUCCUAGUUGCUUCAGAAGAUAAAAAAGCAAUCCUCUACAAUGAUCGGUCUGUACUAGAAAAUCAUCAUGCUGCUGAGUCCUGGAAACUUUUAACUUCUCAAUCGAGUUAUAAUUUUAUUGAAAAUUUGGACUCUGCCGAGACAAAACGUUUUCGUUAUUUAGUAUUAGAAUAUAUUCUCGCAACAGAUUUAAAACAACAUUUUGAUAUUAUUGUUCAAUUUAAUGAAAGAGCACCUUCUAUGGAUUUGUCUAACGAAUCUGAUAGAAUGUUGAUUUCUUUAAUGAUUAUUAAAUUUGCUGAUAUUAAUUCCCCGGCAAAACCUUUUUCUUUACAUAAACAAUGGACUGAGAGAAUUUGUCAAGAAUUUUAUGAACAGGGAGAUGAGGAAAGGCUUAGAAAUAUGGCAAUAAGUCCAUAUAUGGAUAGAAGCGAACCAGCAGUUGCCAAACUUCAGGAUUCGUUUAUUGCCCAUAUUGUCAAUCCUUUAGCUAUUGCUUUAAAUGAAGCUAAUUUAUUGCCUAUACUUCCUGGGCUUCCAGAAUCUGAAUUAAUAAUUAAUCUGAGGCAUAAUCAUCAAAAAUGGCUUAAUCAAAUUGAAUUUGAUCAGAAAUUUUGUAGGGAAGGUGAAGACGGAGAGGGAAAUGCUUUGGAAAAGAACAAAACAAAUAUUUUUAGAUACUCAGAACCUCCCUUCAAUACAAAACAACAAUCAAAUAAUUUAAUUAAUAAUCAAAAUAAUUCCUCAAUUCAUUCUUCUUCCCCUUCAUUAUCAUCUUCAAAUAAAAAUAUUCAAAAUAAUGAAGAAGUAAAAAAUACAAAAAAUGGUCAUAAUCAACAAUUAAAUAAUCAAGAUAUUAUUUCUAAUAAAACAACAAAAAAUCCCCCUUCAAAUUUAGUUUUUAAUAAAACAACAAAAACAAAAUUAGGGGUUUGUUUUUAAAUUUUUGAGGGGAUUUUAUUUAUUAUAAAUUGUGUAUUAGGAAGAUAAUUUGGGGAUUUUUUUCCUUUUUUGCUCCCAAAAGUCCUCAUUAAUUUUUGUUCAAUAUAAAAUACAACCCCUUAAUGUUGAAAGGAAACUCUCAACCAUUGGUUGGAAUUUUGAAAUUUGCUCGCACUCGUACUUCGUACACAGGUACGAGUAUUGGGGUACAAGCUUCCAACCACUGCCCUCAUCUAGCCUCCUUUCAAUGCAAAAUCUAGAGUUGAGAUCCUGGGAACUUUGGAUAUCCGGUCUUUUUCCGGGUGUCUGGAUUUGCCAACCUUAUCCUCAACUAAAGAAAAUUUUUCUUUUUUUUCAAAUUAAAAAUACAAACUUUAUUUUCCUUUCUUUCUCUACCUAUCAUUUAGUUUUUUUAAAAUUUUUCUUUUUUUCAGUUAUAAAAAAUGCCGUUUCUCAACAAUAAAUACACACAAAGUGCCUACUUCUACAACAUUUGUUUUUCUUCUUUUAACCUUUUUUUCUCUUUUUUACCUUUUUACAACCUUUUUUAUACUUUUGCGAGGCAUGAGGAAUUUUUUAAAAUUUUUUUAAUUAAAAAGGCAAUUGAUAUUUUUUAUUAUAUUUUUAGAAUCGAGUUUAUAUUUAUUUUUGUGACCUCAAA